ACGGUGCAGAUGGAGCCCCGGCCAUUGGCAGACAGUGACGUCACGGUACAGACGGAGCCCCAGCCAUCGGCACACAGUGAUGCCACAGUGCUGAGAGAGGCGCUAAGGACCGUGACGACGUUCGACGCUCCGUCAGCCCUUGGCGAGGAUCAGCUGACGGCGCUCCUGCAGAGUCUUCCCCGCUUGGAGGAGCUGACCGUCAGGGUCCCGUCCUUCGGAACGGGGCGGUGGCUGCGGCUGCUGCCGACGUCACUCAGGACGCUAUACGUUGCCGGGCCGGAGGUGACGAAGUCGAGGUGGCCGGGAGGGUACGGAAGUGGUCUGUCGGUAUCUCUCCAGGGGGUGUCUGCCGACACCAUCAGCCACCUGGCCACGGAGCUGGGGUCUCGGAUUACGCUACUAGUCACAGAUGCACAAAUUACUACUAUUCCAAGUCAACUUCGUGGUCCCAUCAUCAGGGUGGGCCCAAACACUAUUAUCCUUCCGGCCGGAGUCGGUGACAGCGAGCUGACGGAGCUGCAGAGCUCACGGGAGACUGUGAAACGCCUGUCAGUCUCCGCCGCCGACCUCCCGCGACUGAGGGGGCAGCUGCCGGAGGGCCUCAGGCGCCUCAAUGUCAGAGGGCCGGAGGUGACGGAGCCGAGGUGGCCGGGAGGCAUUGGCGUCUGCUACAACACCCCAGUCGGCUGA